AUGAGGCUCCAACUAGACCAGUUCGGCCAGAUCAAGAAUUACAUUCACAUGAGCCAGGCGGCCGUCCUCUUCCUUGCCUGGGUUCUUACAAUCGCCUUACUGACAAGACCUGGCACAACGGAUGGCCGAGUCGGCUGGUACUUUGGCCUGUGCUGGCUCACUAUACCCAUCCUAAUCUACCUCGUAAUGGUCCCCAUGUGGUCCCGUGCCCGCCGCUUCUCCAACGUCUAUGCUUUCGCCGCGCUUGACUCUCUGGCCGUGAUUUUCUGGCUUAGUGCCUGGGCUGCUGUCGCCAGCUACGUCUCUGCGGGGAAGGGCAAAGGGAAGAGUACGGACAAGAACGUUACAGGCUGCGAUAAUUUUAAGUACGGCAGUCCCGGGCGUUGCAAGCUGUCUGAGACCAUAAUCGUGUUCGGCGUGAUUGAAAUGCUGCUGUUCGUUGCUACAGCAUUCAUCUCUUUUCGAGCCGUUAUGACGUUCAAGAGGACGGGAAUGAUGCCUCAGAAUUUGCCUGCUUCCGGAGGCAAGAACGACUUCUCUGCGCAGACGCAGGAUGCUUUCUCAAGCAAUAUGCGGAAUGAGGACGAGGACUUCGAUGAACACCCCGGUGCGGGUGGAAGGCAAGAAUACGCAUAUCAGAAGCCUUCUCUCGAUGAUGCAUAUGCCCCGAUCCGCCAAAACGACCACGAAAAUGACCUCGCACAGAUGCCGGCCGAGCAGCCGACGAGUCCACUGAACCAUACUGGACUGGGUAUCCAUGAUUACAACACGAGUUACAACCCAGGGGCGUACAGUGGACAGAACCAACCUAUUCUAGCAGGGCGAUAA